UGGAAGGCGUGGCUGCUGGAUACGGGCGGCAGCAACGCCGGGUUCGGGUGUACAACAGGACGCGAUGGCUGCGUGGGCCGAGCGGCUGGCAGGCGUACGGGGGGUGCUGCUUGACAUCUCCGGCGUGUUGUAUGACAGCGGGGAAGGCGGUGGAGCCGCCAUUGCGGGCUCCGUGGAGGCGGUGGCGAGACUGAAGCAGUCGCCGCUCAAGGUGAGAUUCUGUACCAAUGAGUCCCAGAAGUCCAGGAGAGAGCUGGUGCAGCUGCUUCAGCGGCUGGGAUUUGACAUCUCAGAAGGAGAGGUGACUGCCCCUGCACCAGCCACCUGCCAGAUCCUGAAAGAGCGAGGCCUGCGGCCGCACCUGCUCAUCCAUGAUGGAGUCUGCUCAGAAUUUGAUGACGUUGACAAGUCCAACCCAAACUGUGUGGUGAUUGCGGAUGCUGGUGAAGGCUUUUCCUAUCAGAACAUGAACAGAGCCUUCCAGGUGCUCAUGGAGCUGGAAAAGCCUGUGCUCAUAUCACUGGGGAAAGGGCGCUACUACAAGGAGACCUCCGGCCUGAUGCUGGAUGUUGGAUGCUACAUGAAAGCACUCGAGUACGCCUGUGGUAUCGAGGCUGAAGUGGUGGGGAAGCCCUCCCCUGAGUUCUUCCGGUCUGCCCUACAAGCCAUAGGGGUGGAAGCCCACCAGGCCAUCAUGAUUGGUGAUGACAUCGUGGGUGACGUUGGCGGUGCCCAGCAGUGUGGAAUGAGGGCAUUGCAGGUGCGGACUGGCAAGUUCAGGGCAGGACUUGUUUGUCAAGAGGCAGCUCCUCCUUCGCUAGCUUGGAGGAUGGUGAAAUAAGAAUCUUAAUUGUGGGGCUGGAGAGAUGGCUCAGUGGUUAAGAGCACUGGCUGCUCUUCCAGAGGUCCUGAGUUCAAUUCCCAGCAACCACAUAGUGGUUCACAGCCCAUUCUGAUGUGCAUGAAGACAGUGCGCUCAUACACAUAAAAUACAUGGAUUAAAAA